GUAUUACUGCGUUUCACUUGUCUUAUCCCCUAUUGAGAGUUAGAUUUAGGUCAAGUUGACUGUAAAAUGCAGCAUGUGGCAUUCAGUAGGUGUAGUCCGUUAGCCGUCCUGUUUACUAUCUCUCCACUGUAGGAAGGACUCUUUAAUAUUACGAAACCAAAGAUAGUCUAUUUUGUAUUUCAAAGCAACAUGGUGGCAUUUUGAAUCCCAGCUAAAUCGAUAGCCCUUUACUGAGAUGUAAAACAUGUGUUUAACAUUUUCUUGUGAUAUGCACAAUACUGCAGUAUAUUUACUUGUCUUACCAGUUAAAAUCUUCAAAAAUAUGGCUAGAGGAAAAUCAAAAAUGCUCCAGUGACUCUGAAAAAUCUUGUGAUUGAUGAAAUAAGUACUAGAUGAGCACUGGGAUUGAUGUAAUUGACUAAUCCCCCACCUCACCCCUCAAAAUUUCAGGCCUUGUGCCUAUAGACAUAGACAAUAUGGAAGAAGACCCCUAUAAUAGCAGUGGGGAUGACAAGCCGGAAAUCCGACAUAGUACCAUUGCUAGACUCCUACUAUCCAAUAGGAUGACACGUCAUGAUGUAAACAAUGAAGUUCCUUCGGCAACAGAAGAAAACAACUUGAAUGAAGUACAGACCAUCACACUUGAUGGGGAUUCCUCCCAGGACCAGCACUAUGUGGUGAACUAUGCCAGCCGCAGUGACUUUGACACUACCAGAAGUGAGUAUGAAAUGAACCGGGGAGAUUUUUCACCAUUGGAAGAGUACAAUGAGGACAGGUCAUCACCUGAGAACCUUGUCACUCCAACCGGUUUCUCUAUUGCUGCUCGCCUCUACAAGUGUAGAUUUUGCAACUUUUCAACCAUGAAGUACACACAGCUCCAACUCCACAUGCCCAAGCAUGGUGGUGUUAAAGCUCUGAAGUGCCCUCUAUGUGAUUAUUCAACCAACGACAAGAGUAACUUUCGCCGUCACAAACGUCUCCACCUCAGGAACAAUCCUGUGAAUGUCCUUAAAUGUGACAAGUGCACUUAUUCAACAAUCUUGCCCCGGAAAAUACGAGAACAUUACUGUGAGGAGCAUGUAGAUACUCCUAAUAGCACAGCAACAGAUUCAGCUACAGUCCCAUUUACAGGUCCUACUUAUGAAGCAACUCGUUUCCGUUUUCGGCAUUUUGGGGUUGAUCAGAGUACGUCUUCUGGCAACCCACUUGGUAUGAGUACUUUGCAUACGUUGUUAACAACAGUGCAAUCUCCAAACCUGCAGUUCAGGCGAUCAACUGCUGCACCAAUUAACAACUGUUUCACACAAUAUAAUCAUUAUGAAUCAGCUAGUCAACAGGCUAAUCAAGACACACAUUUAGCAUCAAAUUAUCUACGUUCUAUUGUCUCCUCCAUUAUGAAUAGUCCCCCUCCACCACCGAGAGUGCCUGUUACCAGCACAAUUACCUCAUCCAGUCUCUAUACUACAGCAGCAACAGUAGCAACACCAACACUUCCUCCAUCUUCAACAGCCUCUAUAGGUUCUUCAACAGCAACUACAUUACCCAUGGUAACUGAUACAGGGGAAGUUAAAGUGAAAGUUGAACCCUUUGAAUGUGAGGAAAUAUCAGACGUGUCAAGUUCCGCUGCAGCUACUCCUAUGAGAACUCUAACUCCUGACUGUUCAAGGGAUGUUCAAACUGUUUUAUCGACUUCCUCAAAAAGACAGUCAUUGGACUAUUUAGAAAAUUCUAGUAAUCCUUUUGAUCGAUCUGUUGAGCUUAGAACAAUGUCUAAUGUUAGCCAGAGCACUGGUGAUAUAGCUGACUCUUCAAAUGCUAGACUUGAAUAUCACUCACCUAUUGAAGAAAACAUGGGGAGUGUGGAAAACAUAGCUUCAACAUCUUCUGGCAAGAAUUACAUGGAAAACACACUUCACACUUCAAAUCCAGUCACUAACCGUAAUGUGAUGUGUGACAUAGCAUUGACACAGAACUGUAGUGAGACUGAUGUGGACUCUGCUUCAGUGAAGAGAGAAACAUCCAGUGUUGCAGUACAGUGUGUUCUACCAAAUGUUAAAAAUGAAGGUUUGAAUGUUGGACAGGAGGAGGCUCCUGAACGAAAGCGGUGGCGAUGUCAGUUUAUUGAGAGAGCAGUGCAAUGUGAACUGUUGCCCUCACGUCGAACUGGUUCUCGUUCAGUGUCCAUUGCAAGUGAAUCAGAAGGCAGUGAACAACCAAGUACAGCAACGACAACAGAUAACCGUUGUAUAUAUUGUGGUGUUACAUUUGAAGAUGAAGUCCUUUUCUCCAUUCAUAUUGGCUGUCACAGCCAUACUGAUCCCUUUGUGUGCAAUGUAUGUGGCAAGCAAUGUACCAACAAGUAUGGUUUCUAUUCUCAUAUUAUGCGAGGUCAUCAGUACUAGGUGUAUUGUGUACAUAUACACUUGUUGGGUGGCUGUGUGCAUCUAUAACUAUCAAUCUAUCUAUCUGUCUACUUAUCUACAUAUAUAUAUGUAUAUGUAUACUAUGUGUGUGUGUAUACACAUACACACAGGCAAAUAGUUACAACCAUUUUUUUUGUAUGUGCUUGUGUGUUUAUUAUGUUAGCAAUAUAUUCACACCUACACAAAUAUAUAUGUGUGUGUAUAUGUCUAUAUGUCCAAAUGUAGAUGUGUAUGUUUAUAUAUCUAUAUGUGUGUGUGUGUGUGUAUGUUUGUAUAUAUGGAUGUAUAUGUUUGUAUGAGUAGAUGCACACACACACAUUUAUAUAUAUGGAAAUAGGGAGAGAAAAAAGAGAUAAGAAGGAUAUCCAGCAGUAAAAGAAGGCCUCACAUGUAUUUAUCCAGUUCAUGCUAGCAUGAAAAAUAGAGAUAAAAUGAAUGAAUGAUAAUUAUGUAUAUGUAUGCAUAUAUUUAUGUAUGUAUGUAUGUAUAUAUUUGUAUAUGUAGUACAUAAUUGUGUUUAUAUGCAGACAUGCAUGGAUGUAUGUAUAUGUGAGUAUGUUAUCUCUAUUAAUUAUUUGAAUUCUUCCUAUAAAGAAAGAAACAGACAGUUCUCCGCAGCAGUGGUGAACUGUUGCUUUCGAAAAGCCUUCAUAUUUUUUAUGUUCUACUUUAAAAAUAUAUUUUACAAAGUGCAUGUUAGCUGGUCUCCUUUCUUUAUGUAAUAACACCAGUUCCAUGAGUUUACUACAUACACAUUUACUAACAUAACAUUAAGUGCACCAAUAAUGUAGCUAUAGAUGUAAAUUUAUAAUCAAGGUAAGAAAAAAAGAAGCUGCAGGUUUCAAAGCAGUUGCCUUUAAAUAUUCUCUUUCUCAAUGAUUUUGAAAGAAAUGUCCAUAUCUGCAGGGCAGCUCACCUUUCUGAAAAUGUAUGUAUGUGUUUGUGUGUGCAUGUGUACCAACAACAGUGACUUUUAAACUCUGCUGUGCUCAAAUCUUUGUGUCUUUGCUAGCUGUGAUCUUUGAAGUCAAAAAUAGGUUUCUACAGUCACCACAGAACACAAAGUAGAAACAAAUUCUCUACACAUUGAGAUGCCAAUGAUGAUAUGAUAUAUGCCUACAUACAUGUUUAUGUGUAUAUACAUAUGUUUGUAUAUGUAUGUGUGUGUGUGUCUAUAUAUAUAUAUAUAUAUAUAUUAAUUUUGCAUCCACUUUUGCAGGCUUCUCCAGUGUACCUGUUUGCAAUCCCUUGUCAUCUCCUUUGUGAAUUAGUUUCCUGAGCCUUCAGUAUAUCUUCCCCUUCUGCAGGUUCUUUCCACUUUGUAUCUUUCAUGUUAAUCUCGUUUCUGUACCAGAUUAGUCUACUUUCAAGCACACACCACCAAAUUCCUCUGACAUUUAGUUUUCUUCUAUGCUUGUUUGUACUCCAUUUUACCUGCCACAGGUAUUACACAUCUUGUGGAUCCUACUUGUGUCUUUUCUUGUUUCUGUCUUUUGCUGGUAGUCCUCACUUGCUACUCCUGUUUCACUACCAUGAAAUAUUGUACUUUAUUCAUAAUCUUCAUACAAUUUGUGUUUUAUUUGGAGAGAGAGAAUCUUUUUGUUGCUAUCAGAGAAAACUUUUUUCCACCUGAUUGUUACUCUGGCUACUAUGUUUUCAGAACACUUUCUUCCACUGCUAAUUUGUGCAUGUAGAUAACAGAAGUGAUCAGCUACUUCUAGGGAAUUUGAAGGAAUUUGUUUUAUAGGUUCUAUUAUAGUUAAUACUUCUGUGCGUCUUUUAUAUGUGAAGCCCGUCUUCUAUGUCAGCUUAACCUUGAUCCCACUGCAUUCCUGUGCACAAGGUAUUUAUAUUGUGUACACCUUAUAGCAUUCCUAUCACUUCUUUUCUGCAUAAAAAGCAAGGCCAAUCUUUUUCCAAGAUAGCAGUAAAAUUCUGCUAAAUAAGACAUUUUCUUUACAAUAUUUACUUAAAACCUCUCAGUUCAAGGUUUGCUUUUACAUUUCAAAUUUCUCUCCUGAUUUUUUGAUAAAUUCAAGUAAUAAUAGCAUAGAAGUUCUCAGAGACAUUUAGUUUCAAACUCUUUUGUUAUAGACACCUAACUACAUUUAAAUUCUUUACUGAACACACUGCAAACUUUCUCUUUGCUAAUAGCAUCUCUAUACAUGGCUUUCUCAGUUUUUAAAAGUUGUCCACCAGCAUUUUGUUUCUGUAGUGAUCCCCAGAUUGCAGUGCAUGAUACCCUGUCAAAGGCCUUCUACAAGUUGACGAGUGCUAGCUAUAGUGACUUGUUCUUUACAAAGAACUUUUUUAGUUGCCUCACUAGGAAGAGGAUGUCAAUGGUAUCCACUUUGUAGCACAAAUCUGAACUGGAUCUCAUCUAAGCUUUUUUUUUUUUCUAACUAGUUGUACUAUUGUUCUGUUACUUUUGUAACUUGGUGUCUCUCAAGUUGCUUAUUUCCAAAGCAUUUCCUGUACUGUUAUUGUAGUAGCUGAUACUGUUGUUAUACUAGUCAUUAGACAUGACCACUUCAUCAUUAUCAUCAUCGUUUAACACUCGCCUUCCAUGCUAGCAUGGGUGGAAUGUGUUCACAAGAGCUGGCCAGGCAGAAGCCAGCACCAGACUUCUGUGACUGUUUUGGCAGGAUUUUUACAGCUGGAUGCCCUUCCUAACACCAACCACUCAGCAGACUGAACUUAGUGCUUUUUACAUGGCACAAGCACAGGCAAGGUCAGUUUUGGCAAGGUUUUUACAGACACCAACCACUUUACAAUGUGAACUGGGUGUUUAUAAGUGACACCUGCACUAACAGGGUCACUAAGUACUUGCAAGACAAAAGAAAAUAACUUUCAAGAGGGGAGGGGGCAUUGGAGGAGGUGAUCUUGUGUCAGAUGAUGAAAGGUCAGAGUGAGACAGAGAGACAGAAACAGGUGUCUUGCUGUAGAGGAAGUACAAGGUUGCCUGGCCGGCGAGAGAGUGAGAUCAGGAAUGAAGACAGAAAUAGGUAUUCUACCACAAAGGAAAUACAUGGUUACCCAACCUGAGGGAAGUGCAGGAGAAGGAGAGAGAGAGUGGGAGACAGCAGGAUAGAGAUGGUGGCAAAAUGCCAGGCAUACUCACAAGGGACAGGGAUCAGAAUAUAAAUGGGUUGGUUGAGUAAAGGAAGAAAGAGAUAUAGAUGGUGGCAAGUGCCAGGGCAUACCCUUGGGGUUCAAAUGCCAUAAUAUAAGAGGCAGGAUAUUGCGAAGGAAGUAUGAUUAAAGAGUGCAGAGGUGAGGGAGUGAGUGACAAAAACCUGGGUAUACAUAAAGUCGGGGGCGGGGGCUACCAGAUAGCAAUGAUAUAGAGGAACAGGGCCGUGAGGACAGGAUUGGGAAGUAAGAGCUAAGCAUAGUGUAUGAAGGAAGAAAUGUGAGGAAGAGAAGAGAUGUUGAGAUGCAGAUUGGUUUGUUGGGGUAGGGUGAAUGAAAAGUUUUCUUGUUAUGUGUGGGUGGAACACACAUGUUGGAGGCUAGCAGAUAGCAAUAAUACAGUGAGAGAGGGUGGAACACACAGGUCAGGGGGCAAGCAGAGCAAUGAUACAGUGGAACAGGGCUAAGGGGACAGGAUUGGGGAGUGGGAGAUAAGCAUAAUACAUGAAGUGGAAAUGUGAGGAAGAGAUGUAGAGACGUAGUUUGGUUUGUUGUCGUAGAGUGUAUGAGAAGUUAUCUUGAUAAGUGUGGGUGGGACACACAGCGCUGCUAGAACUCAGUUUCGCUGACAUGGGCAGGUCUUCUUUAUUUCUCUCCAGUCUACACUUGAUUGAAUAUAUGGAUUAUUAGUGCUGUAUUACUUCAGAUAUUUUUAGCACCCCAGCUACUGUCUGUAGCUUGUCUACUUUCUGUACCUUCAUAGCCUUUAUGGUCAUUUCAUCCUUAUGGCUGUUAAUUUUAAUAACUAGUCCCUAUGCUGAAUUAACAGAUUUUCCAUGCCUUUUCUUGGUAUUCUUUCCAUCCAUCCUUGCUGUACCCACACUUCUUGUGUGUCUCCUAGAAAAACUUUGUUAUCUCCUGUGUAUAAGUUUCUAAUUCCUACUUCUUUUCAAAAUGCACCACCUAGUACUUCUUUAAAUCUAGAGAUUGUCCAUAACCUUUCUCCAAACUGUCUUAUUUCUGGGUCUGACUGGAUCUUGUGAUGUCACUAAUUACUAGGCCAUGUUGAGUGGUAUGUUCGUCACUACACAAAGUCUUAGUAUUCAGAACCAUUUCUCUAUUCAUUUUCUAGUGAUUAUGAAACCUUUCUGGUUUACAUUUUCGCCUGAGUGAUAGAUGGUCCCAUGGCUGGCUUGUUGAUCUAUCAAAGUUAGUGUUGCAAAUGGUUUUAGUCGUUUCCAUCAUAUAGCUCUAAGAACCUUGAUCUUUCUUUGUUUUAGGCACCACAACCAAAGCCUGCAUGUAUUCCAGAGAAGCCAUCAUAGUGUGGCCCAGCAUGUUCAUUAGAGUUACUAGUUAUUAGAACGUUGUGGCUAUCUGUUAACGAGGCUGUCUGCAAGUGAGCAUCAAAGAAAUAGUCAUUUUGUUCAUCAGUUAAUCUUGAUUGUGGUGCAUAUGCAGAAACCACUGUUGCUUUCAUAUUGCCUUUUAGUCUUAUUUAUUCUGUCACAUAACUACCUCAGUUACUUAUUAAUCAUUUCUCUGCCAACAAUAUGCCAAUUUCUCUAAUCGCAGUACUGUUAAACACCCAGAAGUAUUUGACCCUUGCCUAUAAAUAAUCCUGCUGAGACUGUCUCCAAUCUUAACUACUGCACACAUUCACUCUAGAAACUAAAAUUUCUCUACAUCUACCUUCUACCAUGCUAAUAUUGAUAGUUGCUUCCCUAAAGUUUUGCUGCUGAUACGAAGAAGAGGAGGGGGCUUCUGGUUGUUUGGUGUCUAUUUUCUGUCCCUGAAAGGGAAUGAGUUAUUGUGCUCAUGUGAUGAUAGCUAAGAGUUCUCACACAUGAUCACAUGUUUCCACCUGGCCACCUUAAGCUGAGCCUGCUAGAAAUAGCAACCAAAUCUCUUUUGACUCACACCCUUUCACCUUAAAAAAGACACAUUGGAAAAUGUAAUUGUGUGUUUCCGAUAACAAAAGACAGGAUGGUUAUAACUAUAUUGUCUUUGAACACAGGUGUGCCUUAUCAGAGUUGGCCCGGGACUAAACAACUAUUACUACUCUGAGCGACACUAAUAUGGUAUGUGUUAUCCAGUAUAUGCAAUUAAGGAUUUCCAUUAUGCUUUUUUGUAUAUAUUUUAUUGCUGGUUGCCCUUCCAACCACAGAUUAGACUGAAUGCAUUUGAUUGUAUCACGUGCACAAAUGAAUUUAUCUAACUAGAGUGAAGUGUCGCCUUUAUACUGUAAUGUGUUUUUUUUUUUGUCUAUUUAGUGUUGUUGCUCUACUAAUCAGGUUGCUUUUGAUGCACCCUGCAGAGUUCAUAUCAAUUCUGUGCAGAAUUUUAUUCAGUGUGAUUGCUCUUCAGCAUGCAUUGCCUUCUUUGCAACAUGCAGAAUAUGAACAAAUCUUCUCACCUCUGAAAGUUUGUUCAUAUUUAUUACUCUCCUACAUAAUUGUGGGUGAGCCCAACUUUGUAGUUACUAUUCCCACAAUAAUAUGUCAAGUUCAGUAUAUGUAUGCAUGCAAGUGUAUGUAUACAUUUGUUGGUAUGUUUUGUUUAACAUCUUUUUUUCCCCAUGAUAGAUUGACUUAAGUGGGAGGUUUAUUAAGGCAGGAUUUUUAUGAAUAGAUAUUCUUCCUGUUGUCAUCACUUGUAAGAUUUUGAAGAUAGAGAUUUUAUUUUUUAUUUUAAAGGAAUUUGAAAGCACAGAGGUAGCAGAUGAUUUGUUGAUAUGAAAUAUUGACAAACAUCACCAUUACAGCCCUGUGCAAAUGGUGAUAUCACUAUUUGUAGCUAAAAUUCAGGGUAUAUCGUAAACAGACACAUACAUAGUUAUAUAUACAUAGAAGACUUCUUUCAGUUUCCAUCUGCCAAAGGAAAGCUGAGCCCAACGUCUUCACCACUUUGUCCCUAGCUCUUCUCAAUCUUCUUCCACAAGUUCCACUCAGUUUGAGCAUGCCACAUUUUUAUAUACAGCUCUCAUCCUCCUGUACCUUCAUGCCCUUACCAGUACAACUUCCUCCCUUGUGCACUACAUCUGAUACCUUUUAUAUCCAGUUUAUCUCUCAUUCAUAUGUUAUUCAUGCACACGAAUAUUUAAACAUUCGGCAAACUAUGCUUGCUUCAUUUCCUUGUAGUUUUCACAAACCCUCUGCAUUUAAGACUCACAUCUUGCUACUCUGCAGUAGCACACUUCAUAAACUGGCAUUAUACUAUCUACCCAAGCACUUUGUUGCCACUUUUUCUAAGCAUUCUUACUCCAGCUUCUAUGCUUUCAAAACACACAUACCUACUACUGAUUAGGUCUCCUAGGUUACAGAAGACAUCAAGUACUGGAGAGCAUUGAAAUCAUAAUGAAUUUAUUACAUGCAGUCUCGGUGCCCUACAGUUCAUCAGAAAAGGGUCAAAGAGACUACAAAAAGUAACAGUAAGACAAGUAAAUAAAGAUGGUAAUGAUAACCAAAGAUGUUUGCUGAAUAUACAUGAUUAAAACACAGCAAGAUAAAAAUAUGAACAGUUAUAAAGUUGUGAAGACAAAAGAGUACAAGGUAGUUGAGUAAUAGUAUUGGCAGAUUUGCAGGAAGGAUUGAGAACCAAAGCAGACAUCACACUGCUGAUCCUCAAGACUUAGAACAUCAUAAAACUUCUGAUUCUCGGUUUCUUGCGACUUGAUAUUGCUCUUUGCUUCUCCCUCCUUUCUCAUCUUUUUGUCUUUAUAUCCCUGUCUGUGGAGUUACUGCACCACCAUGUCCUCCACUUUUUGGUUGACACCUUGCACCAACCAUAGAUCAGGUCUGUUGCUGUCAGUAGAUUAAGAAGUUGAAAAAAAGAAAAAAAAACAGAUGUCCUCUCUGCUAUAAGUUUCUGUCAUCAUGUUUGUCAAAUAAUACUUCUCUGAACCUUCUUCUGUUUGAUGGUUCUUUAACCUCCAUGUUCUUCUCUAUUGCAUUAUUGUUUCUGAGCCUAUCUAAUUCUUAUUUUGAAGUCACUAAUGAACAGUCUGUCUUUGGUGUUACAUUCUUUGCAUUGGUAAGACUUCAUAUAUUGUCUGUCCCUUUCCCUGGUGAGUAAAAAAUCUAUCUGGCUUCUCAGUUACAUAUGUGUACUGUGUGUGUAUGUGUGCAUAUAUUUAUAUCUGUAAUAUAUUUGUGUAUGUUUAUAUAAAUAUACGUUAUAUAAAUAUAUAUUCCCAGGCUAUAUCCUAUUCAUCUUCCUAAUAUGCAAACCUCACAGCCUCUUCUCCAAAACACAAAAUUUUUUAACACCUAAUCCAUCCUAUACUGUCCAGGUUUCUCUUUACUGAAACUUUUCUCCAAAAGUCACUUGCCUCUCUCAAUAUUGACUCCCAGUUACUUUGGCUCAAAAGCUCCCUCCUCACUCCACGUGUAUUUAUGUGUGUGUGUGUAUGAUAGAUCACUAGCCACUACGCAUUCUCUAUUUUCUCUCCCUGUUUCUUUCUGUGGAAGAGCGUAGGCUCGAAACAUUAAAGACUUUUCCACUUCCCGAGCGUUAAACUAAUAUACUUGUUUGUUGUCUACACCACCUGUCUUCGUCUUUUGUUUUUUUGUGAAUUCUCCCUAUAUAUAUAUAUGUGUGUGUAUCACCUUUUAUAUAUGUGUGUGUGUAUAUAUAUAUAUUUAUGUAUAUAUAUAUAUGUAUAUAUAUUAUGUAUAUAUAUAUUUAUGUAUGUGGAUAUAUAUUUGUGUUUGUGUGCACAUAUAUAUACACAUAUAUCUAUUUCUGUCUGUUUUAUCAUGCUAGCAUGGGUUAGACAAAUAUAUUUUUGAGGCAAUAUUUUUAUCAUUAGAAGGCGGCAGGCUGUCAGAAAAUGUUAGUACGUCAUGCGAAAAGUCUAGUGUUUUGUCUGUCUUUAUGUUCUGAGUUCAA